CAUGGAGCGGGUCGGCCCCGGCUUCGGGCUGCAGCAGCUGCAGCCGCAGCGGGACCAGGACUCGGUCGAAGCGUGGCUGGACGAUCACUGGGACUUUACCUUCUCUUACUUUGUUAGGAAAGCCACCAGAGAAAUGGUCAAUGCAUGGUUUGCUGAGAGAGUUCACACCAUCCCUGUAUGCAAGGAAGGCAUCAGAGGCCACACUGAAUCUUGCUCUUGCCCCUUGCAGCAGAGUCCUCGUGCAGAUAACAGUGCCCCUGGAACACCUACCAGGAAAAUCUCUGCUUCUGAAUUUGACCGGCCUCUUAGACCCAUUGUUGUCAAGGAUUCUGAGGGAACUGUGAGCUUCCUCUCUGACUCAGAAAAGAAGGAACAGAUGCCUCUAACCCCCCCAAGGUUUGAUAAUGGAGGGGACCAGUGUUCAAGACUCUUGGAAUUAGUAAAGGACAUUUCUAGUCAUUUGGAUGUCACAGCCUUAUGUCACAAAAUUUUCUUGCAUAUCCAUGGACUCAUCUCCGCUGACCGCUAUUCCCUGUUCCUUGUCUGUGAGGACAGCUCCAAUGACAAGUUUCUUAUCAGCCGCCUCUUCGAUGUUGCUGAAGGUUCAACACUUGAAGAAGCUUCAAAUAACUGUAUCCGUCUAGAAUGGAACAAGGGCAUUGUGGGACAUGUGGCAGCUUUUGGUGAGCCCUUGAACAUCAAAGAUGCAUAUGAGGAUCCUCGGUUCAAUGCAGAAGUUGAUCAAAUUACAGGCUACAAGACACAAAGUAUUCUUUGUAUGCCAAUUAAGAAUCAUAGGGAAGAGGUUGUUGGUGUAGCCCAGGCCAUCAACAAAAAAUCAGGGAAUGGUGGGACAUUCACUGAAAAAGAUGAAAAGGACUUUGCUGCUUACUUGGCAUUUUGCGGUAUUGUCCUUCACAAUGCUCAACUUUAUGAGACUUCCCUGCUGGAGAACAAGAGAAAUCAGGUGCUGCUUGACCUUGCUAGCUUAAUUUUUGAAGAACAACAAUCAUUAGAAGUAAUUCUGAAGAAAAUAGCUGCCACUAUUAUCUCUUUUAUGCAGGUGCAAAAAUGCACCAUUUUCAUAGUGGAUGAAGAUUGCUCCGAUUCUUUUUCUAGUGUGUUUCAUAUGGAGUGUGAGGAAUUAGAAAAAUCAUCUGAUACUUUAACAAGGGAACGUGAUGCAAACAAAAUCAAUUACAUGUAUGCUCAGUAUGUCAAAAAUACUAUGGAACCACUUAAUAUCCCAGAUGUCAGUAAGGAUAAAAGAUUUCCCUGGACAAAUGAAAACACAGGAAAUGUAAACCAGCAAUGCAUUCGAAGUUUGCUUUGUACACCUAUAAAAAAUGGAAAGAAGAAUAAAGUCAUAGGGGUUUGCCAGCUUGUUAAUAAGAUGGAGGAGAAUACUGGCAAGGUUAAGCCUUUCAACCGAAAUGAUGAACAGUUUCUGGAAGCUUUUGUCAUCUUUUGUGGCUUGGGAAUCCAGAACACACAGAUGUAUGAAGCCGUGGAGAGAGCCAUGGCCAAGCAGAUGGUCACGUUAGAGGUUCUGUCAUAUCAUGCUUCAGCAGCUGAGGAAGAAACGAGAGAGCUUCAGUCUUUAGCGGCUGCUGUGGUACCAUCUGCCCAGACCCUUAAAAUUACCGACUUCAGCUUCAGUGACUUUGAGCUGUCUGAUCUGGAAACAGCACUGUGCACAAUCCGGAUGUUUACUGACCUCAACCUUGUGCAGAACUUCCAGAUGAAACAUGAGGUUCUUUGCAGUUGGAUUUUAAGUGUUAAGAAGAAUUAUCGGAAGAAUGUUGCCUAUCAUAAUUGGAGACAUGCCUUUAAUACAGCUCAGUGCAUGUUUGCUGCCCUAAAAGCAGGCAAAAUUCAGAACAAGCUGACUGACCUGGAGAUACUGGCGUUGCUGAUUGCUGCACUGAGCCACGACUUGGAUCAUCGUGGUGUGAAUAACUCUUAUAUACAGCGAAGUGAACACCCACUGGCCCAACUCUACUGCCAUUCAAUCAUGGAACACCAUCAUUUUGACCAGUGCCUGAUGAUUCUUAAUAGUCCAGGCAAUCAGAUUCUCAGUGGCCUCUCCAUUGAAGAAUAUAAGACCACACUGAAAAUGAUCAAGCAAGCUAUUUUAGCUACCGACCUAGCACUGUACAUUAAGAGACGAGGAGAAUUUUUUGAACUUAUAAGAAAAAACCAAUUCAAUUUGGAAGAUCCUCAUCAAAAGGAGUUGUUUUUAGCAAUGCUUAUGACAGCUUGUGAUCUUUCUGCAAUUACAAAACCCUGGCCUAUUCAACAACGGAUAGCGGAACUUGUAGCAACUGAAUUUUUUGAUCAAGGAGACAGAGAGAGAAAAGAACUCAACAUAGAGCCCACUGAUCUUAUGAAUAGGGAGAAGAAAAACAAAAUCCCAAGUAUGCAAGUUGGGUUCAUAGAUGCCAUCUGCUUGCAACUAUAUGAGGCCCUGACCCAUGUAUCAGAGGACUGUCUCCCUUUGCUGGAUGGCUGUAGAAAGAAUAGACAAAAAUGGCAGGCCCUUGCAGAACAGCAGGAGAAGAUGCUGAUUAAUGGGGAAAGCAGCCAGGCCAAGAGGAACUGAGUGGCCUAUUUCACACAGAGCUGAAGUUUACAGAGAUGGUGUAUUCUGCAGAAUACCUAGUUUAAUUAUACACUGUAUAGAUUUUGUGUACACUUUGCCACUGCUGUAUUUUUAUUUUUGCACAACUUUUGAGAGCAUAGCAUGAAAUGUUUUGGGGGACUAUUACAUAUUUUCUGCAUGUUUGUCUUAUGCCACUGAACUGAGGUGAUCAGUGACACCCACUCUUAGCACAUUGAUGAGAAUACUGUUUGUGAUAUUUUGUGUACUGCAAAGUGCAAGGGGUGUUCCUGAACUGAGGUUUUUUUGCUUG